CAACGUAACUAAUGUUUGUCGGCACAGGUCUUUGAUACAAGUUUGCAGAAAAAUUUUUACGGGAGAUAUACAAGAAAAGAAAAGUGUAAAAGUGUACGAAAAAAGUGGGUGUCCAAAAAGCAAAAAAAAAACACCGAAGAAAAUUCCUUUGUAUUGACUUUUUGCAAAAGAGAAAAAAACAACAACAACAGUAGAAAAAAGAGCUGAACUUGAAACAAAAUUUUAAAGAUGUGUCUCCCUUGAAAACUCCUUAAAAUCAUUAACAAAAUUCGUUGUUUUAUGCAAAAAUAAAAAAUUGGAUAAUUAUCCCACUUUUUUUGAUUUGGAAAUCAACAGAAAACAAAUCAGCUUCCUGUUAUCAAUCAAAAUAUAACAUUACCCUUAAUAAUAGAUAUUUAAUCCUAUACCCAACAUGGCUAUGUCUAAAGUAAUAAGGGUAUUGGAGAAAUCCAUUGCUCCGUCGCCGCAUAGUGUACUAAUGGAGCAUCGUCAUAAAAACGACAGCAUACUCUUUGAAUCGCAUGCAGUGGCUUUGCUGUCACAACAAGAGACGGAUAUCAUACGUAAACAAUAUACCAAAGUUUGUGAUGCCUAUGGCUGUUUGGGUGUUUUGCAAUUAAAUGCUGGCGAAAGUACGGUAUUAUUUCUAGUGCUGGUCACUGGUUGUGUAUCGAUGGGUAAAAUAGGCGAUGUAGAAGUGUUUCGUAUACAACAGACACAAUUUGUUUCUUUGCAAAAUGCAGCACCCAAUGAGGAUAAGAUAUCGGAAGUUAGGAAAUUACUCAAUUCGGGUACAUUUUAUUUUGCUCACACCAAUCAGACAUCGACUACAAUGAAUAAGUUUGAUAUAACGUUGUGUGCCCAAAGGCGUCAGCAGACUUCUGAAACGGAUAAUCGUUUCUUUUGGAAUCGUAUGAUGCAUAUACAUAUGCUAAGAUUUGGUAUAGAUUGUCAGGCCUGGCUGUUGAAGGCCAUGUGUGGUUCGGUGGAAAUACGUACAGUUUAUAUAGGAGCCAAACAGGCUAGGGCAGCCAUUAUAUCAAGGUUGUCUUGUGAAAGAGCCGGUACUAGGUUCAAUGUUAGAGGCACUAACGAUGAAGGUCAUGUUGCCAAUUUUGUGGAAACCGAACAGGUGAUUCAUGUUGAUAAUGAUGUCACCAGUUAUGUCCAAACCAGAGGUUCUGUUCCACUAUUUUGGGAACAACCUGGCGUUCAAGUAGGCUCGCACAAAGUUAAACUUUCCCGCGGCUUUGAGACUUCUGCUGCUGCUUUUGAUCGUCAUAUGUCUAUGAUGAAACAACGUUAUGGCUACCAAGCCAUUAUUAAUCUCUUGGGCACUUCGUUGGUGGGCAGCAAAGAAGGCGAAGCCAUGUUAAGCAAUGAAUUUCAAAGACACCAUGGCAUGUCGGCCCACAAAGAUGUUCCCCAUAUCAUUUUCGACUAUCAUCAAGAGUGUCGUGGUGGCAAUUUUGGCGCUUUAUCCAAACUUAAGGAACGCAUUACUGCCUGCGGCAUUAACUAUGGCAUAUUUCAUGUUUCCAAUGGUCAGGUGUUGCGUGAACAAUUCGGUGUUAUACGCACCAAUUGUUUGGAUUGUUUAGAUCGUACCAAUUGUGUACAGACUUAUUUGGGUCUUGACACUUUGGCCGUGCAAAUAGAAGCUUUGGGUAUGGGUGAGAAGAAAAAUUAUUCCAGAUUUGAAGAGAUUUUUAAGCAAAUGUGGAUUAAUAAUGGUAAUGAGGUUAGUAAGAUCUAUGCAGGCACUGGAGCCAUUCAGGGCGGUUCGAAAUUAAUGGAUGGAGCAAGAUCAGCGGCUAGGACUAUACAGAAUAAUCUGUUGGAUAAUUCCAAGCAGGAAGCCAUUGACAUUCUCCUAGUUGGCUCCACACUCAAUUCCGAAUUGGCCGAUAGAGCUCGCAUUUUAUUACCUUCCAAUAUGUUGCAUGCUCCCACCACAGUUUUGCGUGAAAUGUGCAAACGUUAUACGGAAUAUGUAACGCCUAAAACGGCUCGCGUAGCCGUUGGAACUUACAAUGUAAAUGGUGGCAAACAUUUUCGCAGUAUUGUCUUUAAGGAUUCGCUAUCCGAUUGGCUCCUAGAUUGUCAUGCUUUAGCACGAUCCAAGGCUUUGGUGAAUGUUAAUAAUCCCUCAGAGAAUGCCGGCAAUCCAGUGGAUAUUUAUGCUAUAGGCUUUCAGGAAAUUGUCGAUUUAAAUGCUUCCAAUAUAAUGGCUGCCAGUACAGAUAAUGCCAAGCUAUGGGCUGAGGAAUUACAGAAAACCAUAUCACGUGAUAAUGAUUAUGUUCUAUUGACUUAUCAGCAGUUGGUGGGAGUGUGUCUGUACAUUUAUAUACGGCCGGAACAUGCUCCCUAUAUAAAAGAUGUGGCUAUAGAUUGUGUUAAGACAGGUUUGGGUGGAGCUACGGGAAAUAAAGGAGCCUGUGCUAUACGUUUUGUUUUGCAUGGCACUUCUAUGUGUUUUGUUUGCGCACAUUUUGCGGCAGGUCAAUCGCAGGUGGCCGAGCGUAAUGCUGAUUAUGCUGAGAUCACCCGCAAAUUGGCCUUUCCCAUGGGCCGCACUUUAAAGUCACACGAUUGGGUAUUCUGGUGUGGAGAUUUUAACUAUCGCAUUGACAUGGACAAAGAGGAACUUAAGGAGUCCAUACGCAAUGGUGAUUUAACGGCGGUAUUGGAAAAUGAUCAGUUACGCAAGGAACAAGAAGCGGGCAAUGUAUUUUCCGAUUUUCUAGAAGGUGAAAUUACUUUUGAUCCCACUUAUAAAUAUGACUUGUUUAGUGAUGACUAUGAUACCUCGGAAAAACAAAGAGCACCCGCCUGGACUGAUCGUGUGUUAUGGCGUCGCCGCAAGGCUUUAGCUGAAUCAGAUUUUGCCAAUAAUGAUUGGAAUCCGGGUAAAUUAAUACACUAUGGAAGAUCAGAGCUUAAGCAAAGUGAUCAUCGUCCUGUCAUAGCCAUAAUAGAUGCAGAGAUUAUGGAAAUAGAUCAAAAACGCAGAAGAACUGUUUUCGAACAGGUUAUUAGGGACCUAGGUCCCCCAGAUUCCACUAUAGUGGUUCAUGUCAAAGACGCAGCAGUAGACGAGGAUGGCCCUACUAUUUAUGAUGAAAAUGUUAUGUCCACUUUGAUACAGGAAUUAACUAAAAUGGGUGAAGUUACCUUGGUACGUUAUGUCGAAGAUACCAUGUGGGUUACCUUUAGAGAUGGUGAGGCCUCACUUAAUGCCGUAGCCAAGGGUCAACUUAAUAUUUGUGGUUUAGAUUUGGAGUUUGAAUUGAAAUCCCCCAACUGGCAUCAUUUUGUGGACAAUGAAAUUGAAUUGUGCACCACCAAUACAAUAGCUUUGUGUGCAAAUCCUCAAGAACAGGCACAGCUAUUGAAUGCCACCCCGGAAGUGCCACAAAGACCAAAACAACCACCCACAAGGCCAGCACCCGCUAGACCACCCAUACCCAUGUCACCAAAGAAUUCACCCAGACAUUUGCCACAUGCCGGCGUUAUCAGUGUGGUGCCUGAGAUGUUACAAAAACCGGCCAAGCCUCCAAUGCCACCACAGCCGCAGCAACCUCCACAAUUGCCACCACCCCUAAGACCAGUACCGGUGGGCUCGGGCUCUGAUACGGCUCCCUCUUCCAAGUCACAAUCGCCAACCGAACAAACUUCUCCGUUACACUCUUCUUCCGGCAAAGUGUCACCCUCUGGCUCGGGUUCUCAGGCCGGUUCAUUGCCGCCCACACCACCACGUCACACACAAAGCAAGAACGUAACACCAGCUUCGACACCGUCACGCCAAUCGAAACAAUCAUCGGUCGAUGUGCAAGAUACCUCAACAUACAACGAGAGCAAUAUUUAUGAAGAAAUACCAGAUAUACCUGCACCCCGACAUCCACCACCAGCCUUUCCACCCCCUGUAGGUUUGAUGGAUGGUGGCAGUAGUGAAAGUCCUGCUAGAAGAGCACCACAAAUGCCGACAAAUGCACCAAUGGGUCCUCCACCACCACUACCCGUUAGACGAGGUCCCCCACCUAUACCAAAUCGUACAGGGAAUGCACCACCCUUGCCGAAUAGACCAAAUAAUAAUUAAAAAAAACAACCUUUAGUAAUCCUAACGUACUUAAAUGGUAAGUAGUAAAGUUUGAAGUGGAAAGAAAAGAAUUUAACAUUCCUUUUUAGACAUAUUGUAUGUUUUUAAAAAACAAAUUAAUUAAACUAAUAAUAAACACAUUAUUGCAAUUGUAAUUCCAAAAAAAACAAACAAAAAAUUAUACAAAACAUGAAACAAAUAUAUUUAUUAUACUUCAAGAAGUAACACAACUCAAAUAAAAUGCUCCAUGUAUUCCUUUUUAGUUUUUUAAAAUAUUAUUUAAGAAGAAAUUCAAAUUUGCAAAAAAAAAACUUAAAACUUAAGGGUUUAACGAAAGAACUUAAAAAAUAUUAAAGCCUAUUUAAAAGGGCUUAUGUUUUUAACGAAAUAUUAGCAUAGUUUAGGGGUUUGUUUAAAAUUUUGUUCAAAAAUUUUAAGAAAUAAUGUUUCUAAAGUGCAAUAUUAAGACAAAUAUAUAAAAAAUCAAUAAAAUAUUCCAUUAAUCGAUAGGAUUUCCACACAUAUUACACAAAAUUAUAUCAACUUUACUUUUUUUCCACAAAAUUUGAAAAAAAGUUAAAAUAAUAUUCGAUUAAUCGGUAAAAUUUUUAAGAUUAAUCGUUUAAAAUUCCAAAAAAGAAUAUUUGUUUAAUGAAAUUGGAGUAAUCGGUUAAAAAUUACCUAAUAAUCGAUUACAUUUACUCGAAUAAUCGAAUAAAAUUAUUCGAAUAAUUAAUAAUUUUCUGAAUUAUCCAAAAUAGGGUAUUUGUUUAAUAUAAUAAUAAUAAUAAGUGUAAUCGGUUCAAAAAUAACCGAAUAAUCGUUUAAAAGUAUUAGUAUAAUCGAAUAAAAUUAUUCGAAUAAUUGAUAAUUUUCCGAUUGUUUUAAUCGAUUUUAAAUUUUAAUAUUCAUAAGAAUUACGAUUAAAAAUGUUAGAAUUUAAUGGUCAGACUAAUUUGAUUAUAUUAAAGCAAAUAUCAAAUACUGCAAUUAAUCGAUUAAAAUGAUUUAGAAAAGUUAAUAUCCGAUUAAUCGAUUGUAUUUUUUUCGAUUAAUCGUUAAAAUUCCAAAAAAAAAAAAUGUAUUCAGUUCUAGAUCAGUUCUAAUUCUCGUUCAGUUCUAGGUCACUACUCGUUCAGUUCUAGAUCAGUUCUAGUUCAG